AUGUCAAACCCAUCCUCAACGCAAUCAGCUCCGUCAGAGCCACACUUCAACAUCCGCAACCCACUCCCACUAUCCGCAACACAAGAACAACAAGUCAAAGAAUUAUACUACAAACGAGUGCGCGGCUACUGCGCUCCCGAAAUCAAAGCAUUCGCAGAAUGUGCCCGCGGCCGAACAUUCACCACAACCUGGGUAUGUCGCGAACAACGCCUCGCCAUGAAUUCGUGCAUGUUAGAGCAUGCGAAACCUGAAGAAUUAGAUCGGGCCCGCGAAGAAUGGUUUGCGGGGAGAGAGGCGCGAAGACGGGAAAGGGAAGAGGCAGACGCAGCUGUUGAGAAGAGAAGGGCGGAAGUUAUUAAGAUGAUGAAGGGAGAUCAGGAGAAGAAUAGGUAG